AUGCCUUCCGCAUCGGAGCCCGAACUCCUCGCUGUCAACACACACGCCGAGAAGAUCCGCGUACUGACGUUCAACCGCCCACAAAAGCGUAAUGCUCUUUCGCAGGCGUUGAUGGACAAAUUUCUCUACGAGCUGGCAAUAGCAUCUAGAGAUGCUAGAGUCCGGGCUAUUGUCGUUACCGGAGGAAAGUCAUUCUUCUCAGCGGGGGCCGAUAUUAACGAGAUCGCGGCCUUGGACGCCGAGGCUGCGACGAGGUGUAGAUAUCUGGAGGAUCUGUGCAAUGGGCUGCGUUCCGUACGCAAGCCGAUUAUCGCCGCAGUAGAGGGGAUAGCGCUUGGUGGAGGUUUUGAGGUGGCUCUUAUGUGCGACCUCAUAUUCGCGUCACGAACUGCUCAGUUUGGUCUUCCAGAGGUCAAAAUUGGGCUGAUACCAGGUGCCGGGGGCACGCAACGGCUCACAAAUAUCAUGGGCAAGUUCAAGGCGAUGGAAAUGAUUCUGCUUGGCUCGUCCAUCACAGGUGAAGAGGCAGCAUCCUGCGGUCUGGUUGCAGGGCUGUUCGAACCAGGAACUGUCCUUGCGAGUGCCCUCGAGGCGGCUACUCAAAUAGCCAAUAUGAGUAGGUCAGCAAUAUCACUUGCAAAAGAAUCCAUAUGCCGUGCCGAUGACAAGGGGCGCGAUGAUGACUUCGAACGACACCUCUAUUAUUAUGCGUUCGGAACACGGGACAAAAGGGAAGGCGUAUCAGCAUUCUUAGAUAAACGACCUGCAAAGUGGGAGUAA